GCAGCCUCUUUCUUUUCUCCAGUCCUCUUCCUCCUCUGCUGUGGGUUUCUGGUCUCUCUUUCUUUCUUUAUUCGGGCCCGACUACGACUUGUGCAAUUUACUUUCCAAAUUACACCGGUGCUGGUCGCCCUCCUAAUCCCCUCCGUAAUAAUAUCCGCAGCAAACCUCUUCUCGUCAAUCGUCCUUCUAGAUCAUGGAAUACCCAGUCUCCCCGGUCCCCGAAAUCCACAUCUCCUUUGCUCCCCCCGAUGAGCCUCGCAAGGAGCCCUAUUCUCCCUUCGCGUCGUUGAGUCCUCUUACGCAGGAUGACGACGAUGGUUACAGGCCCACCCUUUUGUCACCACCCUGCACGGCGUCUCCCAAGGUGCAUAGACAGUUGUCGCCCCUGCGUCCUGCAGAUGCGCCUGUCGGGAAGGGCCUUGACCGCGACCGCUUCGAGGCGCUCCUGAGGUCCUCACGCGAGCGUAAUACCGCCGUGGGCGCCAAGAAAUCCCUUGAUUUGCGCAAGGAGAUAGCUUUGAAGGCUCACAAGAGCAAGCAAAUGGAGAGGCGCGCAGUCUUUCUCUCGAAGAUCCAAGCUCCCCCGUCUCCUACCGCCACGGGUCUGCCCAAGACCCCGCCGGAGUCGCCGGCCAUUUUCCACUACACCUUACCGUCCCCGGGGCUUGUGUCUCCGUUGGCCGUCUUCGAGUCCAUUCAAGAGAACCCAUCCGGGUUCCCCGCCAGGGAGCCUUGGGUCGAGCAAGUCGACUUCCGUUUGCCCAAGGAGUACGCCACUCAGGUCAAGAAGCCUAUGUCCCCUUCGUUUGCCAAGCCAUUGCCGUCUCUGGACCAGAUCACCGCUCAUCUGAGCUCCCAUGGCCAUGUCGCUCCCCAGCGUGAACCCCGUGCGACUCGCCGAUCGCCGAUCCCUCUGCCUGACUUCUUGCGCGGCCGCGUGAAUAGACAGAAGUCGCCUGCUCGUGCAGAGGCUCCGGCGCCGAAGCCCCGGCGCAACCUUCCUAUCGGUGUCGGUAGACUUCAGUUCCCCGCUCGCAACACUGUUCCUGCGGUGCCUGAGCCCGUCUCGCCUCAGCCGCAGCACUUGCACCAGCUGCCGCCUAGGUCUCCGGGAGCACCGUUGACCCCGAAGAUUACAAUUACGACGACGGUAGUCCCUCGAACGUCGACCACGUCCCCGGUUGACUUGACUGAGUCUAACCUCCAGGCUCUCACCGCUCGCGCUCGCAAGGCAAGUGACAUGCUGUCGACCCUGCGGCGCCGCACGGUCGAACUGCACUUGGAUGCCCACUCGCUGCAGGGCCUGAACGGUCGCGAUGUGGAGGACGAUAGGAAGUCGGGGAGGCGGCACAGCGCGCCCGCCGAGUUGGUCCAAAGGCGAAGAGAAGGUUUCAUGCACCCCGUCUUGGAUUUGCCCGGCGGGUUCUAAGGACUCUCCGCUUCUCUUAUAAUCUUGCAAAUGACAAUGAACCAAAGGAUUCUCGGGAUGCCCAUGUAUCUUUAUUCUUCGAUUGACCCUUUUUACCCCUUUAUACUCUUAUUCCUUUCUUCGCUGCGGGUGUUUGUACUUUGCCGGAGGUGGAAGGGGGAAGAGAAGGAGACUCCAAUGUGUUUGUAGGACUAGCUGAUUUCUUCAGGCUGCGCCUACCUUUUCAUGUUCCUUGCAGUACCUCUCACUCAUUACCCACUAGCUCGAGGAUACGGGCUGUGCCCCAAUCUUCACCCCCACGGAAUAUCGUGCCGGCAUCACUACGAUGUACACAUUCGUGUAGUAGAUAUCAUCAGACUGGUUCUUGGUGUCGAUAUGCUGCCACAGAAGAAAAUUAGGUCAAGC